CAGGAGCUGCUGGGAGUGCGCGCGGUGGGAUCACACGGCGGCUGCUGAGGCUCAGAGCCCUGAACGCGGAUAUCUCGGCCCGCGGCCUACGCCAGCCCUCUCACCACCACCACCGGAGGACCAGGGAACCGCAGCCUUCAACUCAGAGGUACGGUGCUAAGCGCUCCCCACACGGUCCGGCCUAGCCUGCUGUGGCGGCGCCUCCUUCUUUCUUCCCUCGCUCUCUCGCUCACCAGCCCGCGCCUUCCCUGCCUGCCUGCGUCACCGCGGCCGCCAUGGCUGAGAACGGCGAGAGCAACGGCCUCCCGCACCCCUCCCGCGGCCCUGCUGCGGCCCAAGGCUCGGCCACUGCCGCCGCGGAACCCAAAAUCAUCAAAGUCACUGUGAAGACCCCCAAAGAGAAAGAGGAGUUCGCGGUGCCCGAGAAUAGCUCGGUCCAGCAGUUUAAGGAAGCGAUUUCAAAACGCUUCAAAUCCCAAACCGACCAGCUAGUGCUGAUUUUUGCCGGAAAAAUCUUAAAAGAUCAAGAUACCUUGAUCCAGCACGGCAUCCAUGAUGGACUGACUGUUCACCUUGUCAUCAAAAGCCAGAACCGACCUCAGGGCCAGUCCACGCAGCCUAGCAAUGCCGCGGGAACUAAUACUACCACGGCAUCGACUCCCCGGAGUAACUCCACACCGAUUUCCACAAAUAGCAACCCAUUUGGGUUGGGGAACCUGGGAGGACUUGCGAGCCUUAGCAGCCUGGGCUUGAGCUCGACCAACUUCUCUGAGCUCCAGAGCCAGAUGCAGCAGCAGCUCUUGUCCAGCCCUGAGAUGAUGAUCCAAAUCAUGGAAAAUCCCUUUGUUCAGAGCAUGCUUUCGAACCCCGAUCUGAUGAGGCAGCUUAUUAUGGCCAACCCACAGAUGCAACAGUUGAUUCAGAGAAACCCAGAAAUAAGUCACCUGCUUAACAACCCAGAUAUAAUGAGGCAGACCCUUGAAAUCGCCAGGAAUCCAGCCAUGAUGCAAGAAAUGAUGAGAAAUCAAGACCUGGCUCUGAGCAAUCUCGAAAGCAUCCCAGGUGGCUACAAUGCUCUGAGGCGCAUGUACACUGACAUUCAAGAACCUAUGCUGAAUGCUGCACAGGAGCAGUUUGGGGGUAAUCCGUUUGCCUCGGUGGGGAGCAGUUCCUCCUCCGGGGAAGGUACACAGCCUUCCCGCACAGAAAAUCGAGAUCCACUACCCAACCCAUGGGCGCCACCACAGGCUACUCCGAGUUCUGCGACCACCAAUACCACUACAAGCAGUGGGAGUGGAUCUGGCAGUAGCUCCAGCAAUACUACUGGGAACACAGUGGCUGCAGCCAAUUAUGUCGCCAGCGUCUUCAGUACCCCAGGAAUGCAGAGUCUGCUGCAACAGAUAACUGAAAACCCCCAGCUGAUCCAGAAUAUGCUGUCUGCACCCUACAUGAGAAGCAUGAUGCAGUCCCUGAGCCAGAAUCCAGAUCUGGCUGCACAGAUGAUGCUGAAUAAUCCGCUGUUUGCUGCAAAUCCUCAGCUGCAGGAGCAGAUGCGUCCACAACUCCCAGGUUUCCUGCAGCAGAUGCAGAAUCCAGACACGCUAGCAGCCAUGUCAAACCCAAGAGCAAUGCAAGCUUUAAUGCAGAUCCAACAGGGUCUGCAGACAUUAGCCACAGAAGCACCUGGCCUCAUUCCAAGCUUCACUCCAGGUGUGGGGGUGGGGGUGCUAGGAACUGCCAUAGGUCCUGUAGGCCCAGUCACUCCCAUAGGCCCUAUAAGCCCCAUAGUCCCAUUUACCCCCAUAGGCCCCAUUGGGCCCAUAGGACCCACUGGCCCCGCAGGACCCCCUGGCCCCGCUGGCUCUGGUGGCCCUGCUGGCUCUGGUGGCCAUACUGGGUCCACGGUGUCUAGCUCUGCACCCAGUGAAACCACGAGUCCAACAUCAGAACCUGGACCAAACCAGCAGUUCAUUCAGCAGAUGGUGCAGGCUCUGGCUGGAGCAAAUACUCCACAGCUGCCGAAUCCAGAAGUCAGAUUUCAGCAACAACUGGAACAGCUCAACGCAAUGGGGUUUUUAAACCGUGAAGCAAACUUGCAGGCUCUUAUAGCAACAGGAGGCGACAUCAAUGCAGCAAUUGAGAGGCUGCUGGGCUCCCAGCCAUCCUAAUUACAUUUCUGUACCUUGAAAAAAAACGUAUCUUAUUUUUGAUAAUGGCUCUUAAAUCUUUAAACACACACCCGUGCUUUACUUUCAUUUUGAUUCUUUUAAAUCUAUCUAGUUAUAAAUCUAAUAUGAUGCAUUUUAAGGUGGAGUCCCUUCCCUUUCCUUCCCUUUUUCCUUCUGUUUCCUUCCUUCUCUGUUGUGAAUGGUGGGAAUCAAUACUGUUUCACUCAGAAGUGCUGCAUGCAAACACUUCUUUUUACUCUGCAUUUAUUGUGAUUUUUGGAAACAGGUAUCAACCUUCACAGUUGGGUGAGCAAGUUUUGUCCUACAGAUGUCCAGUUUAUUUGCAUUUUAAACAUUAGCCUGUGAUAGUAAUUUAAUGUGAGAUGAAGAUAUUAGAAGCAAAUUAUUUGAAGCACUCUAAUUUGUGGUAUAAUAUUGCUUAUUGUGAGUUUGGCAUGUAUUUUUGCUAGAAAAAUGCUGUAAGAUUUAUACCACUUACCUUUUUUGCUAUAUUUGUACACAGUACAGUAAGCACAAUUGGAACUGUGCAUCUUUUAGAGAUUGCAAUAGACUGAGCAGAAUAUGUGUAACCAAAAUGAGAAAGAAUAAAUAUUUCUGAAACUAAGUCUCCCAAUUUUGUAGAAUCUUACAGCAUCUUUGAUGAACUCAGUGAAAAUGUUGGCUAGGCAAGUUCAGUUAAAAUAUAGUAGAAAUGUUUAUCCUGGUUAUCUCUAAGUAUACAUUUAAUUGUACAGAAAACUGUCAGUGUAACAUUGUGUCAGCACUUACAGAUUGUAUAUGAUCUUAAUCUUUGUGCAACCUGAAGGAUCAGUGUAGUAAUGCCAGGAAAGUGCUUUUCACCUAAGGCUUUCUUCUCAGCUUCUUCGAUAAAGAGACCCUAAUAUGCAUUUUGAUUUGUAAUUGGAAAUGUAACUUUUCCUGAAAGUGUCAUGUGGUGUUUGAAUUACUUCUAACUGAUAUGUAUAAAGGAAACUGUAUCUUUUGACUUUAUCAGUUAUUUCUCUUGUGCACAGGGAAAAUGCGUAAAAAAUGACUAAAAAAAUAAUAAAAUAAUAAAAAAUGGAUAAAUCCUUUCCUUUUUGCCUUCUGGCCUUAGGAUCAUGUUUUGAAGGGUUGCCCACCUCAAGGUUCUGUAAAUCUUAUCCUAUAUUUCUUUCUUUAACUUAUCAUUUUAUUUAAAAAAAAAAUUAUUUUUGGGCCAAAUGGAAUUAUUUUGAUGUACAAGCCACCUUAUUGCCAUCCAGUUGAUUCUGACUUACAGGACUCUGUAGGACAGAGUAGAACUGACCCCAUAGGGCUUCUAAGGCUGUAAUCUUCGUGGAAGCAGACUGCCACAUCUUUUCUCCCUCAGAGUGGCUGGUGGAUUCAAACCACCCACCUUUUGGUUGGCAGAUGAGCGCUUAACCACUGCACCACCAGGGAUCCUGAUGUAUAGAUUUAGGUAUUCUAACUCUUUUUCCCCAAAGGAUUAGCCUGCUAUUAGCCGGUAGUUCAUCUCCUUCCAUUUGAACUUUCAUUUGUAUAUAUAUAUAUACAUUUUUUAUACAUUUAAUACACUUUAUAUAAAGUGUAUGUAUAUAUACACUUUAUUCUGUGUUUGUAUUCUUUUUAGUAUCACUGAACUAUCUGAGUAAGUCAUCUGAGUAGCCUGAGUACAUCAGCCUCUAGUUAUUAGAAAUAAGACUUCAUAUCUUGAGUCUUCCUCUUGAUCAAUUUUUUUUCAUAAUUUUCUGAUGAUCCUGACGUGUUUAUUUUAACCGAUGAACUUUACAGUUAAUAGAUCCCCCCCAAAAAAUAAAUUGGAAAUUUGGUUAUUGCCUCAAAUUGAUAAGAUGUUGAGAACAGAAUUGCAAUUCUUUCCAGAAACACAGUAUGUUGCCUCCAUUUUAAAAAGCUUUUUACAUCCUUCAAGAAAGUUUUAAGUCCUGUAUAAUUAUUGAUACUGUGAGUGGGAGCCCUUACUCAUUGUGUUACCUAUAUGAUCAUGGUUGGAGAGGAAUUUAUUUUCAUAGAUUAAAAUUAGACAAUUUAUUAAAGUAUUAAUAUAUUAAUUUCAAAGGUAUUCAGUUGAUCCUUUUGGAUUUUCUAAUAGGCAAUCAUAUAUCAAUGAUAAGUUAUAAUACUAUGUUCUUUGCAGAAUUUAUGACAGUUUCUGACUGCAUGGCUUAAACACUUCCAGAGUAGUGCUAAGUAAUAAAGGUGGCAGCGGCAUCCUUAUCUUUUUUCUCAUUUUAACCAGAUUACGUUUGCUGCAACAAUCCUAAAUUGUGUUUUGUGAAACAUCCUUCUGAGAGAUGAUUAAGCAAUUAAGUUUGAAAAAUGCUGUAUACUACAUAUACUCUUUCUUUGAGAUUUAUUGUACAAUAAAUGUUGGCUAAUGUUAUUUUUUAAUGAGUAAGUUCUUACAAUUAAAAAAAACUGUUAACUUUUUAACUCAGCAUUUCCCAAACUUACUUGAGUAAAGGACCACUUUUUUUCUUUUAAACACACCUAGUAAUAUUUGGCCUACCACUGUUCUUCAGAAAACCAACUUAGGAAAUGGUGAUUUAUUACUUCACUGCUAUAUGGUGGUGAGUGUUUGAGAUAAUCACAAAGUCUGCUGUAAUAAAUUUUUAAAUUUUAACGAAAUGGAUGAUUUUACAGGAAAAUACUAAAACCAACCAGAGGCAUAAGAGAGCAAUAAGUCAAUAACCAUAGGAGAACCUGAAUGCUGUCUGAGGCCUGGCCCAGACAGUUUAGCAGGUAAAUUAAUUUCAAACAUUCAAGAAACAGAAAUCUUAAUUUGCCAAAUGUUUAUCUAUUUUUAAUCUAUUUUUGUUUUUCUCCCUGAAAAGAUCCAAGUCUUUAUUAAUUCUAAUGUUUCUCCACUUUCCAGCUCAUAAAUUUUUGUUUGUAACUUUAAUUAUUUUGGCUUCUUUUUUAUUGCUUUUAACUGCUCUUCUUCGAUCCUUUGCAUAAUGUAAUUUUCUCCUAUUAUGUUGCAGGCCCUUUUUCCAGGCUCUGUUGGGUUUUUUGUUGCUGUUAGGCUUUCUUCACAUACUAUUUAUCCAUUUAUUCAUCAUUGAGUCAAGAAAGGUAUCUAUGACCUGCUAUCCAUUCUCUCCAAUAAGAGAAUAGAGGUGAUUUUCGUAUUCUGUCACUGUUUGCUUGGUUGUCACCCCCUCCCCAGGCCUACACUGGACGGCUGGAUGGUGUAAGUUUGGUCUAGCAGGGUCAGGUAGUAGGGAGCUAGGGCCAAGAAUAACCCCAACAAGAAGAUUUCACCUGUAGGCAGCUUUCCACAUUUGCCCUUUUGACCUCUGCUUCAGGUAUGUGGUAUAUGAAUUCUCACCACUUGUGUGUGGUUGGGGGGGGGAAGUGAUAAUACAGCAUUAAAACAAGCCCUGCUGCUGCAGUAAAGAGGAAUUUUGUAUCAGGUGGAGACCACCAUGUUAGGUGAGUAAUCACUUCAGGAGACACCUGUAAUUGGAUGUGGCUGAGCUGGCCCGCUGAGAGGAGGCAGCCUGCUCCAAGUCCUGAUUUUCAGUGUCAAGAUAGCAAUAAGUGGGGUGCAUGCAGGACAGGAACUAGUCCCAAAGCCAACUCUUCAGACAGGGAUUGGACUGGACAGUGGGUUGGAGAGGGAUGCUGGUGAGGAGGGAGCUUCUUGGAUCAGGUGGACACUUGAGACUAUGUUGGCAUCUCCUCCCUGGAGGAGAGAUGAGAGGGUGGGGGGGGGGUUAGAAGCUGGCGAAAUGGACACGAAUAUAGAGAGUAGAGGGAGGGAGCGGGCUGUCUCAUUAAGGGGAGAGCAACUGGGAGUAUGUAGCAAGGUGUACUUAAGUUUUUGUGUGAGAGACUGACUUGAUUUGUAAACUUUCACUUAAAGCACAAUAAAAAUUAAAAAAACAAAAAAUGUAAGAUCACAGUUUCUAGCCAAUCUGUGAAAAGGUGAAGCUUUCAAUGGUUUUGCCCAUUGUGUAGUGUUAAUAUAUACUGAUGACUAUGAAAUGUUCUUCAGACUCAGGCAGACAUGGCUGUGGCAGCAGGCUUGUCCGUUUUCCCAUUCUUGCGUAUUCUGAAAUAUUCUCUGAACUUGGGCAAACAUGGCUGUGGUAGCAUGCUUGACCGUUUUCCCACCUUUGUCUGCUCUGUAAUAGUUCCUUGGAUUUGGGCAGACAUUAACUCUGGCAGCAUGCAUGUCCAUUUCCCACUCUUGUCUUUUUGAAUAUAUGCUGAAUGAAACCUUUUUGAUUUUGAUGUUUUUUUACCCUACAACAAUACAGUGAACUACUUAGUUUGAAGAUAACAAUUUUUUAAAAUUUGAGUAACACUGUUAAAAUGCCCUUCGAAGUGUUUGUAACAAUUUACACUCUCCCCAGUAGAGGAUGGAGGUUCACAACCGUUUUCCUACAUUAUUAAAAAAAAAAUUCUUUUGCACUUUUGCCAUACUGAUGGGCAAAAUGUUAUUUUAAUUUGCAUUUCCCUGAUAGCGAUGAGGUUGAGCUUUAGUACAUUUGUUCUUUGGCCCCUAAAGUUUCUUUUUCCAUAAAUUGUUUAUUCAUAUCACUAGCCUUUAUUUUAAUUGAGUUGUCCUUUUAUCAGUUGUAUGAGCUCUCUGUAUAUUGUAGAUUUUGAUCUUUUGUAUGUAUACAGAUAAAACCCACUGCCGUCGAGUCAAUUCCAACUCAUAGCAACCCUAUAGGACAGAGUAGAACUGUACCAUAGAGUUUCCAAAGAGUGCCUGGCGGAUUCAAACUGCUGACCUCUUGGUUAGCAGCCGUAGCACGUAACCACUACACCACCAGGGUUUCCAAUGUAUAUAGAUACAUAUAGCAAAUAUUUUCUCCACCAAUCUUGUCUUUUAGCUUUGUUUUUGAUGUGUUUCUUGUAACAGAGCAGAUCAGCAGUGAGAGAACAAUGCAUAUGUGUGUUUAAGGACUUAAGACUUUAGAGUCAGACAGCCUGGGUUCAAACCCUGGCUCUACCACAUUCUAGCUAUGUGACAUUAUGAAAAUUAAGCCCUACUUUCCCAUCUGUAAAAUGGAUAUCAUAAUCAUAUCUUUAUUUUAGAGUUCGUCAUGGAUUGAAUUGUGUCCCCCAAAAAUAUGUGUCAGCUAGGUUAGGCCAUGAUUCCCAGUAUUGUGUGGUUGUCCUCAAUUUUGUGAUUAUAAUCUUAUGUUAAAGAGGAUUAAGGUGGGAUUGUAACACCCUUACUAAGGUCACAUCCCUGAUCCAAUGUAAAGGGAGUGUGGCCUGUACCACCUUUUAUCUUACAAGAGAUGAAAUGAAAGGGAAACAAGCAGGGAGUGGGGACCUCAUACCACCAAGAAAGCAGUGCCGGGAGCAGAGCGCAUCCGUUGGACCCAGGGUUCCUGAGUGGAGGAGUUCCUAGUCCAGGGGAAUAUUGAUGACAAGGACCUUCCUCCAGAGCCAAUAGAGAAAGCCUUCCCCUGGAGCUGACACCCUGAAUUUGGACUUCUAGCCUACUAGACUGUGAGAAAAUAAAUUUCUCUUUGUUAAAGCCAAAAAAAAAAAAAAGGGUGAU